AUGGGGAGCCGCGGCGGUCCAUCACUGGCAGAUCGGCGUUCGUUCGCCGCUGGAGAUGUUGUCAUGGCGUGUGAUCCCUUCGUGUGGACACUGGAAUCCAGUGCCUACAAAACCCAUUGUGCACUUUGUUUGCGCCGGAGCGAAUCUCUCCGGACAUGUUCCGGGUGCCGUGUGCACCGCUACUGCAAUGUCACUUGUCAGACUGCCGACUGGAAAUUGGAGCAUAAACUAGAGUGCGCUAUUCUGGCGAAGAUGGAUGCGAAAACGAAGACGGAGGUACUGCGCGUGAUGGACCGCUGCGGAAUAGACUGCAACGAGAACAUCCCUUCGGAGUUGGUUAUCAAGAUGGCCAACAAAGUCAAGAUUGCCAACUGUGGAACCGCAAUCCGGGAUCGCCAUGGCGGCUAUCCUGACUUACCAAGCCGUUGUGGCCCGUAA